CCACCGCCCUGGGGUCUGGAAGGACCGGGAGCAGAGCAGACUCCAGGCAGUGCGCACACAGGGCAGGACAGAACCACCGCCCUGGAGUCUGGAAGGACCGGGAGCACAGCAGACACAGGGCAGGGAGCAUCCCGAGCCAAGCCAACUCCGAGCUGGGUGCGCUAGGAGCGGAGCAGACUGGGGCGGGGUGCGCUCCGAGCGGAGCAGACUCUGGGCGGGGCGCACGGGCGCGGAACAGACUAAAGGGGUAGGGAGCAUCUUGAGUGGAGCAGACUCGGGGCGGAGCGCACUUGCUGCACAGCAGCUCGGGGCGUGAUCAGGGCGGGACCCGGCCGGCGGCAAGGCGGAAGGACUUUUUGGACUUUGAGCCUCCGGUUCUCACCUAUAAGAUCCUGAACCCCCCUGGCCCGGCACGUCCGAGAUUGCAGAAUGGAGGCCGGACUGCUAUGGUUCUGCAACUGGAGCACGCUGGGCGUCUGCGCCGCACUCAAGCUGCCGCAGAUUUACGCGCAGCUGGCGGCGCGCAGCGCGCGGGGCAUCAGCCUCCCUAGUUUACUUUUGGAGCUGGCGGGGUUCCUGGUCUUCCUUCGUUAUCAGCAUUACUAUGGGAACCCACUGCUCACCUAUCUGGAAUACCCCAUUCUCAUCGCACAAGACAUUGUCCUCCUGCUCUUCGUCUUUCAUUUCAAUGGGAACGUGAAGCAAGCCUUACCCUACAUGGCCGUAUUUGUGUCUUCUUGGUUCAUCCUCAGCCUGCAGAAAUGGAUCAUCGACUUGGCCAUGCAAGAAUAAUAACAACUUUAAUGACCACCAAUGACUUGACAAUUCUUAUACGUUUUGUGAUCAUGUUGGCUUUAAAUAUAUGGGUAACAGCAACAGUACUUCACUACCGGAAGUCUGCCACCAAAGCUGAAUGAUGGAUGUCUUCUUCCUACACACAGUGGACUUCAAACGACUGGACCAGAUGAUGCACCAUUGCUUUCCAUUGCUACAUUUAAAAUCUUUUACUAGUCAACCAUUUCAGAAACUUUAAAGCAGGUUUGUUAAACUUGAAAAAGCCACUUAGCUGAAUACGGGAAGUGCAAACCUAUAAUCCCAGCACUUGGGAGUCUGAGGUAGCCUGGGCUACACAGCAAACUCAGAGAAGGAAGACUAGGAGAGAUGGAAAGAGACACUUGUAUAAAAUGCCAACUUCCUUCCCCCCAGUCCCCUAGGUUGUGGAAGGGCUUAGAUUGGGUUGUGUGUGGUUUUUUGUCCCUCCCUUCCCCACAAGAUAAAGUCUCACUAUAUAGCCCAAGCUAUCCUCCAACCUGUGAUCCUCCAGCAGCCUUUUGAGCACUGGGAGUGCUGGACAAGAGUGGACCACUCUUGACUUUGACAACUCAAAUGAUGGAACCUGCCCAAGAGGCCAUCUUCACCCUUAAAGUCAUGAUUAUAUUCCCCGAAGAGCCAGCUACAGCUACACUGUGGCUUUCAGAAUAUUAAGUAGUCUUCCCACAGUGAGUGGGGUCUGCUCAGUAACAAGUGGAACUGUUCACACCUGGGCAGUUUAACUCUUCCAUAAACAUAAUGCAGUAUAACAUCCUCUCAAGCUAAGCAGGGCUAGCAAAGUAUGCAGAGAUGGAACUGGGUUCAUAUACCAAGCAGUCGUCCAACACAGUGUGCCUUACUAAACAGAGCCCCAUCUGUUUAGACGAGGAAAUCUCAACUGUCUCUCUAUUUAAGCACAAUCCCACCAUUUUUUAAAGGGCUAUAUCUCACAAUUACCACUGUUGGAACUUUGUAUAAGUUUUAGUUACUGGAAGGUAUACAUACAGUAAAAAGUAUUGCUAAGUCCUAGCCAAUUCUUAGGUAUUUUAUUCAUACUAAAGUAAGAAUAUCCUAAGCAUAUCCUAAACACUGUUGUCUGCAGAACUUCCUCUGAUGUUUUAUAAAUCCAGCCUUUAAAAGCUCAGUUUCUUCUUCUAAGUGAAUGUCAUUACUCUGGUAUACUGCAAGAAAGUAAAUGAAGUUUACUGAAAAAUGUUUAGUUUUCUAUAUUUAAUAAACUUUAAUUUGUUGAACGCCC